AUGGCUCGUCGUCAAAUUCUUGCCGAGAUGGGAUAUGAGUUCACAAUCUUGACUGCAGACAUUGACGAGAAAAGUAUUAGGAAGGAAAAGGCGGAGGAACUAGUAAUGGCUCUAGCGGAGGCAAAGGCCGAUGCCAUCAUAUCAAGGCUCAAAAUUAUGGAUCAUAUGGAGGAGAAUGCUGAAUCCACACUUUUAAUUACUGCAGACACAGUAGUGGAUUAUGAUGGGACAAUCAGAGAAAAACCAUCCAGCAAGGAAGAAGCACGCCAGUUUAUCAAAGGCUAUUCUGGUGGUCAUGUCUCAGUUGUGGGAUCUGUAAUAGUGAGCAACCUUACAACGGGUGGCAGAAAAGGAGGAUGGGACAAGGCAGAGGUCUAUUUCCACGAUAUUCCAGAUGAGGUCAUUGAUAGCCUGGUUGAGGAGGAAAUUAUGCUCAAUGUCGCUGGGGGUUUGAUGCUUGAACAUCCGCUGACAUUGCCCUUCAUUGACACUGUGGUAGGAACUGCUGAUAGUGUUAUGGGACUUCCUAAAGCUCUCACGGAGAAUCUGAUUCAGGAAGCCCUCUUGCUGCUUUAG